CCCGCCUACCUGUACUCAUAAAAAGUAUUGGGACACUUGAGAAAAGAAAAGGGAGAGGAGCGUGCGGAGCGAUGUCACAUGGACAAGAAGCGUGAACCUGAGAACGAAUUUUCAGGGCAUGCCAAUGGAAGAGCAAAUAACCAGAGGUCGUGGCUGAUCAGUCAGGCGCAAGCAGCGAAGUACAACUGUUCAAAGACCAACUGAAGUUUUCAGUCGAAAAUAAAAACCAUGGAGCAACCAGAUCAGAUCUCUGUGGAGGAAAACCUGCAGAAGUUAACAGUAUUACCUUGUGAGACAGAGAAAGAGAAGGAAACCCAAGAAAGCAACAUGACACUUCAGCCAAAAAAUCAUGACAAAGAGAACAGGAAGUCCAUAGAGAAAGACCACUCGGUGGAUAUCAUGCCAGUGGAAGAGGUGAAAAAGUCAGUGAGGCAGUCAGACAGAUCGGUCUCCAGCACUUCUACAUGUUCAUCUGUUAACUACUCUUCACCAGAGAGUGACCAGGUCUUCAGUGAAGAAGAGGAGAUCCAUUCAAAACGAAAAAUUCUUCGAAAGACAAAAUCAUGGAAGACGUUCUUCACAAUGGUGCACUGGUCACUCAGACGGCAGAAUUCCUGGGUUCAACUGGCUGGCCAUGAAGGUAACUUCAAAGCCAGUGAACGGGGCCACAUUCUGAAGAAGUUCAGUCCUAUAGAAAAUGCAUGCCUGGAGGCCCUUAUGGAAGAUAUUCUCCGGCCAUAUGUUCCUACCUACCAUGGACUGGUUGAAAGGGAAGCCCAAACUUACAUCAAAAUGGAAGACCUUCUUAUGGGCUUAGAAGCACCCAGUAUCAUGGACUGCAAGAUGGGCUUUCGAACAUACUUGGAGGAUGAGCUCGCUAAAGCCCUACUGAAGCCCACACCACGCAAAGACUUGUACAACAAAAUGGUGACCCUGGACUCUCAGGCCCCUACUCUAGAGGAACACCUGCAAAAAGCAGUUACUAAGCCUCGUUACAUGCAGUGGAGAGAGAGUGUCAGCUCUACAGCAAUGCUGGGAUUCCGUAUUGAGGGUGUCACAAUUGAAGCUGGUUCCGUCAAGAAAAACUUCAAGAAGAUGAAGAGUCGAGAACAAAUCAUGGAAACAUUUGUACUUUUUACAAAAAGCCGACAGGACAUUCUGGCUGCCUAUGUGAAGCGUCUGGAGAGCAUGCAGGCUGCUCUUAAAGAAUCUGAAUUCUUUCGCACUCAUGAGGUGAUAGGUAGCUCCCUUCUCUUUGUUCAUGACCGCCGCGGCACCUCCAACGUUUGGAUGAUUGAUUUCGGCAAAACAACCCUUGCUCCAGCACAUAUUAGCCUGCGCCAUGAUGUGGCAUGGGAGCCUGGCACGCAUGAAGAUGGCUACCUACUGGGGCUGCAGAACCUCAUUGACACUCUUCAGGACACCAUACAAAUGGUUAAAGAGAACAGGGAAGAGGCUGCAGAUAGCUCUGUACAGGAGGGAGAGCAGACCAUAGGAGAGAAUGAAAAGAUGCUGCUGAAAGGAGAGGUAGAGGUGAAAACUACAAAUGGGGAAAAUGCACUUGUGACACCCGUACAGCCUGAAAACAGAACCCUAUGAUUUAUCAGGGGACACGUGCCAUAAUACUAAACAGAAAUCACUGUUCACUGAUGAAAGGACUUGGUUCAUGUGAAGGACACAUCUUUCUCUAAAUGCUACAUUCCUACUGGAGGCAAAACAUGAGCAGGUGAACAACUCACAGUGAUAACAGGAAAAAUGAGUUGAUCUUCAAUGAAUAACUACUGGAAAAUAAAGCACAACAAUCACUGAGCUGCUGCCGCCCUUCAUAUUAUUCCACAAAAGGAAAGGACUGCCAGGGUCUCCAGCCGUCUGUUGUAGUGGGAUAAUCGCUUGUAUCUCCUCUGAUGCAUUAUGCGGACAUAGAGACCCAUAGCAAGCAGUGUGAGGGGCUGACAGAUUCUACUACAGCGUUCACUUUCAUCCCAUCAUAAAGCAAGACAACACUCUUAUGCAAUCCUAUGAAAACUUGUAAAGACUUUAAAUAUCACUGUGCACAUGAAAGGACUGUUAUUGAUGUUAUAUAUAUAUGAACAAUGAUGUAUCACCAACACGAUGUGAGAAUAGCAGCUUUUCUUUCACACAGUUUGAACAUUUCACUCUCUGUAACAUGAAUCUGUAUCCAAUGACCCAUGUCUUCAUACAAAUACACACCUAGGCAGAGGUUUCAGCA